GGUUUUUCCCUUUCCAAUGCGAAAAAAACAGCGUUUUCCACAAGCGUGAGAUGACUGGGCUCAUUUUUUGGUAGGAUGAGAUUAUGCUAACCUUAAUGUGACGACUUGGCUAUGUAUUUGCAUAAUCACUCAUUACUAAUGAGCAUUGAAAAGGAUUCUUUGAGGUCAAAUUAAUUCAUGCGAGUUAACACGUUAAAGGCGAAAUUUAAUCAACGUCUUACGAUAAAGAAUUCAAAACUUAUCAAUAUAGGAAUAGUUUUACUGACUUCAAACGAGUAAAAGUUCAAAGAAAAAAGCAAAAUCUUGAAGAUAUUGGCUCCGGAAUCCUGGAAUGUCACCUUUUCGGUGUUGCUAAGCUUCGGCGUCCUACAGCAAGAAUACCUUGGUGAUAAGGAAUCCAAGCUGAUUCCAAAGAAUUAUGACGAACAAGGACUACACAAACCUAAAGGCAUGACUUAAUUCAAUACAAAUUCAAAGUUUACUUUAAUAACAGCGAAUGAUGUGUUAAAUCCGGACUUCAAUCACAUCAAAAUCAUGAAGUGAAGGUUAAACUGCCCCGCACUGAUUAACAACGAAAGGCUUCGUUUGAGUGUUGGAGAACAGCUUUUAAUCGACGAAAAGAGGAACAAUUUACUAAUAAUUUACACUGGAAUUCUACUUUCAAGUCCAUAAUGAAGUCAAAUGACUCAUGGCCAGAAGGAUUUGGCUUCACGAUCGGAGGCAAAGCACCCGUGGUAAUACUGUCACUUAAAGACAACUCAGUAGCUCAAAGAGCUGGUUUACAUCCUGGUGAUCAAAUCCUUGAACUAAACGGAGAAAAUGUCCAGGGACUAAAUAAAGAACAGAUAAUUCUCCUAGCAAAGAGAUCGACUAGGGUUCCUCCGGCUAUAGCUGUAAUUUCGCGUAUUCGAACCUUUGAUUUAAGACGACGAAGAGGAAGAUUUGGUUUCACUCUUCGGGGCAAAGGACCUGUUUACGUUUAUGAUGUCGAAAACAAAAGUCCAGCAUACAAUGUGGGGAUGCGAUCUGGAGAUUUAGUGCUUAAAGUCAAUGGAGUGAACGUUCGUCAUGCUAAUGCUGAUCAAGUCCAGCAGAUCGUUGAGGCAUGUGGACCUACAAUUUCGGUUGUCUUGAUAGCUGGAUCACAGUCAAUAGCAGUAAAUGACAAAACUUCGUCUUCGACCUCGUCAAGAUAUCGACAGGCAAGAGACUUCUAUGUCCAGAUGAAUUACUGUCUGCCAGGAGAUAAUGUAAAAAAAGCUCAACUCAUCAAAGCACUGAACAGAUAUGCUAGAGACAGAUCAGUGGAACAACUGAGUAGGAUAUUACUGGGAAUACUACAGACACCCAUUGAAAGAAAAUUACUAAAAGAAAUAAGAUGUCUAAUUCCCAAGAAGCACAAACCUCAGUAUGAUGUUCUUGUUGGAAUAAAUGCUGAUAGGAUGGCCCCUCGGCGUCCACAAAGUGCUAUCUCGUUUGAUUCAAUGUCAAGGCAGUCUAGUUUAGAUAACUUUGACUUGAUGCCUGAUAAUGGGCUGUUUAGGACCUGGUCAUCUGGGAGCAGUAUGCAGAGCCAAUACAGCCCUGUUAUGGACCAGAAAAGAAAAGUACAAGCACAGUCCCCAAGGACUGUUAGAGUUAAAAGAGGAGUUGGUUCAGGAUUUGGUUUUACUUUGAGUGGAGAUGCACCUGUUUUUGUCAAAUCAGUGGAUAAGGGAGGUCCAGCAGAUUUUGCAAAGCUCAAACCAGGUGAUCACAUUCUGGAAAUUAAUGGAUUGAAUGUAAGGGGUAAAAAGCAUGGUACAGUCGUGGAGCUUUUAAAAGGCAGUGGUACUUACCCAAGCCUCUUUGUUCAGUGGCGUCCAAUGAGCACACUUAGACAUCAUGGAUCAUCAGCAUCCUCAAUCAGUUCUAGGUCAGGUCUGUCAGUCACAUUUGAUAGAACUGGUGAGAAUACUAUUCCCAGAUCAGCAUCAACAUCAUCAAGAGCAUCAUCCACAAGAAGUGGAUUUCCUGCAAGUGAUAGACAUCAUGUACGGUCCCUUUCUAGAGAAUUUAAAUGCCAGAUGGAUCGUCUGUUUACCAGUGGAGAACAACAAUACAUUAAACAGUGUCUAACAGAAUAUAAGCAUGACAGGAACAUAUCCAAGUUGCUAGAUGGCAUAGAACCAGUUCUGGAUGACCCCACCAAGCUUUCUAUUCUGCACAAUAUGAGUGGACUUUUACCUGAUGCAGAACAAUCAGAGUUUGAUAGGGCUGCUGCAAGGAUUUUUGCCAAACAUUCAGAUGAAGGCGUCAUAUCUAGUUUAAACACCACAGAUAAAGAUGUAAUGGAUGUGCUAUACAGAGUACAAGGAAUGAGACUGACAGAUACGCCUCGUGAGAGGACAAUCAUUGGUGGAUCAGCCAUGACUCCUGAAAGGCCUGAUCACUGGCCUGCAAGAGGAUCAGCAUCACAUUGGAAUUCUUCAAGAAGUGACCUAGACACAGUACCUGUACGAGACUCUGGCAACAUGACUGAUUUGGAUGAUGCCAAUGAUGAAGAUGAAGAACUUGACUUAGGACUAGAAGAGUUAGCUGAUGCACUUCUUGAAGAAGAUCGAAGGAAAGCUUCACAAAUGAACGUCAAGGUUGAUGUACAUGGAACCCAGAGACAAAACAAAGUGAAUGAUACACAGACACAAGGUCAAUUAACGCAUAUAUCAGUAGAAGGUACAGAAGAAGGACCUUCAUGGGAAGAGUUGCAGCAUGAUCUCAAUGCCAAAGCUAAACAGCUUGAUCUGGCUAAUAAAGUUAUUUCAGAGCAACAGAAAAUCAUUGCAGAAACGAAACCAGAUUCUGGUAGUGAACCCAGUAAACAGAGCUUCCCUAACGAUUUAGCUUCUGCAGUAAAAUCAAGAAACAAGGAUCAAGAAAGCGAUGACUCAGCAGCUUCAUCGUCAUCGUCACCUCCCCCUCCACCACCACCACCGCCCAAUUCUGCUGCUCCACCUCCACCACCACCUCCGCCUCCUCCUGGACCCCCUCCCCCACCAGCACCGAUGAUUGGAGGCGCACUGAGUGCUGAUGGUUCAAAGAUGACACUGAAGCGAGUAAACUGGGAAAAGCUAAGCGACGUGGGAUUAGAAAAUACCGUCUGGGCCCAGCUUGGUCGAAACGAUCCCUUGGAUAACGUGAUCGAGUUCAUGGAGCUGGAGCAGAACUUCAGUACAAUAAAAACAACACAAGAAAAACCGACCAAGAAAAACGACAAACCCAACGUAUUGGAUCGUAAAAAGCUGUAUAAUAUUUCAAUUCUUCUUGGUCAUUUGAAAAUGUCAAUCAGUGAAAUCAAGUCCCUUAUCCUGUCGAUGGAUGAUAGUAAACUAUGUGAAGCUCAUCUAAAACAACUGUUACUUUACGCACCUGACGCUACGGAGCUUCAGAAAUACAAGUACGUCACAGCAGAUAGCGUUGACAAAAUGGAAAAGGCUGAUCAGUUCUCGUACGAGAUGAGCAAGAUUCCAUACUACACGCAAAGACUCAAGGCUAUGCUUUUUAGGUCGCAGUUUGAUGACAAAGUUGACGAGAUCAAACCAGAUCUGGAAGCCGUUAUCGAUGCGUCAAGAGAACUGAGGUCAAGCGAGAAACUGCAGAAAUUGCUAGAGCUUGUGCUCUUAACCGGUAAUUACAUGAACAAAGGAAAUAUGCGGAUAGCAGGCGCACAAGCUUUCAAGAUCACAUACCUCACCAAAUUGAACAGUACCAAGACCACCGACAAUAAGUCAACGUUACUUCACUUUCUGGUGCAAAAGAUAGAAAGCAAGUGUCCUGAAGUACUGACCAUGAAAGAAGAUCUGAAAACUGUCCCUGUGGCCGCUAAAGUUUCUGGUCAGAUGGUGGCCACUGAAAUUCAAGAUUUGUCAAGAAGAAUGAAGAUUCUGCAAGAUGACUUGAUCUCUUUUCAAGCCAGGAAUGUCCAGGAUGAGGACGAUCACUUUAUCGAAGUAGUAAUUGACAUCAUCGAGCAGACAGAAGGAAAACUAGAAGAACUAUUAAGUUUACAGAAAACAAUGAACAGUGAAUUCAAGAAAACUGUUGCAUUCUUUGGGGAAAAGGAAUCCAAGACGACCACGGAAGAUUUCUUUGCUGUUUUUGCUGCAUUUCUUACUCAUUAUGAAGUGGCUAUCAACCACAAUGCCAAUAAAAAGAAACUUAAAGAGGAACAGACAAAACGCGAGGAGCGGUCAAAACUGUUCCGUGAACUGAAGCAAAGAAGUCUCAGCGUGAACGAUGAAGAGGACACCGCUAAAGUGGAGCUGAAGAAAAGUUUGGAUGACAGGAAGGCAAAAGUAAUUCCUUAUGUUCUUGAGUCAAAGGAAAAUGAGACAAAGAGUAAAAUAAAUGGAACAAAGAGAACAGGCGAUACUGAAUUACAUGUUAGGUCACCUUCUGCUCCCGCAAGCAGUCAAUUACAAAAACAGGUUAAGUCAGUUGUAUCUACCAAACCUGUUGUACCAGCGGCCAAACCAGCCUUACCAGCCAAACCAGUUGCACUUCCCAAGCCAGUUGCACAGGCCAAACCAGUUGCAUCGGCCAAACCAAGUGAGAAAACCAAACCAGCAGUACCGGUCAAACCAGAAAUCACUACGAAGCCUCUACCUCCACCACCAAAACCAAAACCCUACGCUGUCCAUUUAGCUCAAAAGAAGAGCGACUCAAACAAUAAUUUGAACAAAAACAACCAAUUAAACGUUGCUAAAGAUAGUACACAAGUGAUGUGUCCUUCCCGUACCAUAGAAAUUGAACCUAGGAAAGAAGAGAACAGAGAGAUACCGCACGGAUUUAGAAAUAUAUUGUCUUCAUUUGAAUCGAAUGCAAAAGAGGAAAAGCCAUUAGAUGUGCUGUAUGCAAAACCAGAUAUGACCAAGAAAACCCCCAAACAACUUGCACCUAUAGAAAAUGUCCCACUUACACCUCCCAGAUCACAUGACAUCAACCAUUUGGAGGAACCAAACCAACCAUCAUCACGGCAAGACCCAGGACCACCUAAACAACUGGCAUCUAUAGAAAAUGUCCCACUUACAUCUCCCAGAUCACUUGACAUCAACCAUUUGGAGAACCCAAACCCACCAACAUUGCGGCAAGACCAAGGACCACCCAAUUUCAAACCACCACCGCCACCUGUUGGCCUAGAAAAUCAAGUCAGACACGCUGUGCACACUGCUUCACAACCAACCAAGGAAAAGGCCAAACAAGCAUUGACAAACGGAGGCAGCCUUUCUCCUCCUACAGGUCUCGGGCUUGAUGAUGAUUCAAAAGAUAAUCAAAACUCAUUAUCCGUCACUCCAGCGUUUGACUUAUCCUACUCGUCGGUUGAUGUAGUUACGACAAUACCACAAAAACCUGUGGGUAAUUUAGAUUAUGAAGAUGUGGAGCCAAGGUUUAAGAAAACAACACCUCCACCCAAGCCUGCGCCUUAUGAAGGUCAAAUGCAAGUCGUACCUAUGCACAAACAAAUCGAUUCCAUCACUAGAGGCUUUGCUGUUGACAGUGAAGAUCAUGAAUCUAAAGAUGACAAACUUGUUUCACCAAGACAUCCAAUCGCUGGAUCAGGAUCACUUAGACUUUCUUCUGCACAAUUAGUGGCCAAUGCUUUAAGGGCCCCAAUACCAAGCAAAUUGGAUAUAAGCGUGCCAAAAAGAGACAAUCGUUCAUCGCCAUCUGUUAGCAGUCGAUUGAGACAUACAUCAGUUGGAUCUCCAAACAAGCCUAAACCUCCGCCGCCUCCUCGAACGUCCUCGAUCAAAGAUUUAACUCAAGAUGAAACCGAAGCAGAUAUUGAUCGAAUUAUUGCGAGGGCUCUGUCGCCAGAUAUGAAACCAGAAUUUGAACUUGAUGAUAUUCCUGUUCGAGACACAAACACGACUGACACCAACUCACCCCUGUCAGACUUUUCCUUCAAAAGCAAUACUAGAGAUCUGGACGAUAAAGUGUUUGAAGUCGGCAGCUACAAAAAGGAAACAUUUGCUGACCAAUUACCGGUCUCAAAAAAUACAACAUCGAACUCAUUUGGAGUGGUACCACCACCAGCUUGGCAUGAAGCACACGGUGUUCCUCCUUUGGACUUGUCAGAAUUUGAUUUAGAGUCAAGUAUUACACCUCCACCACCUCCCAGUGAACCCCCGCCAUCUUUGCCAAUACAUGACUAUGUUAACCUUGAUAUGCCAUCUUAUGAACCCAAUUUUGAGAUAAAUGGCUUAGUUAAUGGGAGUAAUGAAAUAUCAGACGACGAAGACUUUGUGCCCCCACCUCCUCUGCCUCCAAGUGAUAAGUAUGGUCCGUUAGAUGGAAGAAUAACGGAUGAGACGAUGAAGCCUUUGGUUCCCCCACUAAGAAAGCUUCGGUAACACAGAAUAGGACUGCCUAUUUCUAUUCAAUAAUUUAAUGCGCUUUACGUUAUAACAGAAACUUGAUAAAUGUGUUAUUAUGGCUGAUAAAAAAUGUAAAAUAUUCACAAUAUGCUAUAUUUUCUACCCUGCUCUGUCUAACAACCCAACAGUUUUGAUGAUAUUACCUAGCUGUCAUGUGGUAUACUUUAUGUUACGGUCACCAAAAUGUUCGGACAAAAUAUCAAAUAACUCCACGUUUUUUUGCUUAAUUUAUGCCUGAGUGAAUUCUUAGCUAUCUGUGAAUAAGUUAACCAACAAAAUUGCACGAAUUAGUGGAACUUUUUGUAGAUCUACGGUCUACUGAGGUCUAUACUGAACUUACUAAUUUGUGCAAAUUUGUCUACUGAAUAUCCUACAAAGUUUUUCAUGGAUAUAUGGCAUGCACUAAACACUUGAUAAUUAAAUACAUUUGCUGCGCGGAUACUCCAACCGGGAACACUUUACCAAUUUAUUAUUAUUAAUCAAUUAUAUUGCGACAUUUAGUUCAAUAUUUUUUAACCUGCCAAUCAAAUAGCACAUUGAUAUGAUAAGAUUGUGAGAACGUGAUAAUCUGAUUGGCUAACACACUGUUAUCAGUUCAAUCUGUCUAGUUUACUGUUAUCUGAUUGGGUAGUUUCAUUCAAGUGGUCCCCGAUAGUGGGUCCGUACAGUAAGCGCUGCAAGGUAGUAAUGUUUUCACGGAUAUAUGGCGUGUACUCUACUAAUCCUGAUUUAAAAUUUCCUUUUUUAUGUAGAAAAAUAAAACAAGUCAUUCAUGUUUGUAGUUUAUUCUAAAACAAUGUCCGCACAUUUUGGUGACAGUAACAUAAUUUAUACCGCGUGACGAAAGAGACCAAUAGGUAAAUUUCGCCGAUAAUUAGUUAUAUUGCAUGAUGAAUUAAGUUGUCGUUCUGCGACACAUGCCUAAUAGACCUCUAACGAAUUCGCUUGACUGGCCACGAAACAAUGGUUUCAAGUCGAGGUUGAACUUGAUGAAUAAAUAUAUCAGUUUCAGUCUCGACUUCAAACCAUUGUUUCGGGGUCAGUCAAGCGAAUUCGGGAUAGGUCUAUUCACAAUAUUCUUUAAAAAAUUACCCUUCAUUAAUUAUGUAUAUAUCAAUCAAAAUGGUGUGCAAAUAGUAACUGAACAUUAACUACCCUGAAGCCCGCAUGAACGAUGUGUAUUAGGAAUCAGUAGUGACUAAUAGAGUGUGACAUAUUUGAUAUUUGAAGAAUGGCAUGUUAUUUCAGUAAAUAUGUAUGAAUUUUAUCAACACGGUAAAUAAUGUUUGUGUCGUUUGAAUAAAAUAUGCCUAAUGCGA